AUGGAACGAUAUGGUCGUGAAACACAUGGAAGUAGUUCCUACAGUGUGAAUAGUACAAAUAGUGCUCCUAAUGCAGAAUCUACAGAAUCUCAUCAAGAAAAGCACCAAAGUCGAAAUCCAUCAUUAGUAUCACAGAGUCAAGAUUUAGGCACUGUGAUUAAUCAACCUGUUGUUAUUCUAAGAGAUCCAGCAGCGUUAGAACAAGAAAAGCUUGAACGUGAAGAACAAGAAAGACGUAAAGCUCUACAAUUAUAUGUCUUUGUAAUGCGUUGCAUAGCAUAUCCAUUUUAUUCCAAACCACCGACUGAUUUAAUACGUCGUUAUUUAAAAAUAACUAAGCAACAAUUGAAUACAUUUAAAGAACGUUUUCAGGCAUUUCUUAGUGGGGAAUUAGAUGUUGUCGGUGACGAAGCGUUUACAAAUGCCAUACAAAGUUAUUAUGAAGGAUUUUUACAUAGUGAUCGUGUAGCUAGUAUGGUUCGUGGCGGUGGUUGUUCAAUGCAUGAUUUUCGUGAAGUAUUUCGAUUAAAUAGUGAACACCGUGUACAGUUUUUACCAGAAAUUGAAGGUUUGAAUAAAGCAAAUAUUGUCAGUGCCUGGAUGGUAAAGUUUGAUCAAAUAUGUCGUGGUGGUGCUGGACCAUCUACGGUUUUACAAAAAUUACAAGUUCCUCAACCUGAAUUAGUGAUGACUAAGGAACAGUUGUAUGAGUUGUUUCAAGCUACAUUAGGAGUAAAAAAAUAUGAACAUCAAAUUUUGUACAAUGCACUACAAUUAGACAAUGCUGAUGAACAAGCUGCUCAAGUUCGUCGUGAAUUAGAUGGACAGUUACAAGCAGUUGAAGAGUUGUCUAGAAGUCGUCAAUUUCCUCGUUUAGUUGUAAAAAAUAUGGAAAGUUUAUAUGUAGAUGAAUUACGUAAAAUGGUUGGUGAAUUAAUGCUUCGAUUAGAGUCUGUUCCAGUGGCAAGAGGUUCUAGUAGCUUUCAAAAAUUUAAAAAAGCUAGCCGCUCACAAAAUUCUGGUACAAAUUCACCUAGUCUUCCUUAUAAAGAACAUAAUGAUGAAAUUAAUGAGUUGAACUUCAAGAACAAAUUGGGUAUUCAAUUAAGUUUUUCAGUUGAGAUUGUUGUUGGUCAAGUGAAAAAUCUGAAACAUCUACCAACCAAUAAAAUGGUUUAUUGUACCAUGGAGGUCGAAGGUGGUGCUCGAUUACAAACUGAUUUAGCUGAAGCUGGGAAACCAGUGUGGGGUACACAGGGUGAUUUUUCAACUAAUCAACCUCUUCCUACAGUCAAGGUAAAAUUGUAUGCCGAAACUUCUGGACUUUUAUCACUUGAUAGCGGCAAAGAGUUGGGUCGCGUUAUCUUAAAUCCUACAUGUACUGGUAAUCGUCAACCAGAAUGGUAUAAAUUACAAACUUCUAAAAAUGUACCGGAUGACUUACAACUACAGCUCACAUUGCGUAUGGAGAAACCAAAUAAUCUAAAACAUUGUGGUUAUUUAUAUGCAUUAGGUCGAACAGCAUUUCGAAAAUGGAUACGACGUUAUAUUUGCUUAAUACAGGUAUCACAGUAUACGUUUAUCAUGGCAUCCUACAAAGAGCGUAAAUCGGAUCCAACAGAGAUUAUGCAAUUGGAAGGAUUCACAGUUGAUUUUUGUGAUUUCCAAACUGAUUUAGCAGCUACUGGCGGAAAAUACUUUUUUAAUUUAGUCAAAGAAGGUGAUAGUGUAAUGUUUGCAACAGAUGAUGAAAAUGAACGUCAACUAUGGAUACAGGCAAUUUAUCGUGCUACUGGUCAAACACAUAAACCAGUACCACCGUCAAAAAAUAUAAGUGGAAGUAACAAUAGUAACUUGCAAAAUGUCAAUCUCACUCCUGACAAUAAAUCAUCAUCGGCUACCUCAAUACUGACUUCUCGUGGUAAUACUUCCAGCAUAGGAAGUAGAACUCAAGGUGAUGUGGAUCGUGCACGUAAACAUGGUCUUGAUGAAUUUGUCAGUAUUGAACCAUGGAAAGUGAAUCAUGCUGAAUUAUUUGCUUUAUUACAAUCAAAAUCAUUAGAUUAUCGUAUGAAAGAUUCAUAUGUAUCACUUGGUUGGUUUAGUCCAAGUCAAAUGUUUAUAUUAGAUGAAUAUUGUGCACGUUACGGUGUACGUGGUUGUCAUAGACAUUUAUGUUAUUUAAGUGAUUUACUUGAUCGAGCUGAACAGGGCAUAAUUAUAGAUCCAGCUAUUGUACAUUAUUCAUACGCAUUUUGUUGUUGUCAUGUAUUCGGUAAUACUCAAGAUACAAAUAUCCGAACUGUUCUAGUUGAUGAACGUCAAAUGUUCAUGGGGAUUCGUCAACGUCUUUAUGCUCUUUUAGAAAAACAAAUUACAGAGUUUCGUUAUUAUUUUCCUUUUGGACGUCCAGAAGGUGCAUUGAAACUAACUCUGGGAUUGUUAGAAAGAGUCCUUAUGAAAGAUACCGGUGCUCCAGCUUCAGCUGAAGAAGUACGCGAAGUAAUAAGGCGAUGUUUGGAACAAGCUGCUUUGGUAAAUUAUGCUCGUAUAUCUGAAUAUGCAGCAAUUGACAGCGGUCGUGAUAAAGGUGGUGAAUAUUCGCAAACAAGUAGUAAGACUUUGGCUGACCUUAUUCACCUGGGUGAAUUGUGUAUUGAGGUACUACGUCAAAAUGAAGAACAUCAUGCAGAAGCGUUUUCAUGGUUUCAAGAUUUGCUAACUGAACAUGCAGAAUUGUUCUGGAAUUUUUUCUCAGCCGAUAUGGUUGGUGUAUUAGAAACAAUGCCACCCGAUUGUUGGGAUAGUUUUCCAUUAUUUCAACUAUUGAAUGAUUACCUAAGUUCAGAAGUUUCAUUAAAAUCGGGAAAAUUUCAUCAACAACUAACGCAAAUAUAUGCACCUUUAGUUGUACGUUAUGUUGAUCUUAUGGAAGCUUCAAUUGCUCAGUCUAUUAAUGGUGGUGUCGACGGACAAUUGAACAAUCAAAAUAAUACAAAUAGUUUUGAUUCAUCUAGUACUACCGGUACAACCUCAACCACUACAGGAUUUGCAGCAUCCGCUUUAGAAACUGUUGGUGCUUUAGGCAAUGUAGGCUCAUUAGUUAGUGCAGCUGCGGUUGGUGCAGCCAAUGCAGCGAAUGUUGCAAGUCGCACAGGUGGUUUAAUGGCAGCUGCCACUGCAGCGGCCAGUGCUGCUACACAAGCUGCAACAAAUCCAACAUCUAUUGGUAUGACAAGUUGUAUACCAGUUACUUCAAGCGAAUUAUUAUGGAAGUUAGAAGCAUUGCAAAAUUUUAUUCGAGAACUACACUGGCCUGAUAUAAUAUUUGCUGAACAUAUGGAUAAUCGUUUAAAAAUGAUGGCUGGUGAUAUGAUAGAUGCUGCGGCCCAGCGUAAUUUAAAUUGCUUUGAUUCAUGGCUGAAACGUUCAUCGAAAGGCACAGAUUUUAUACUACCUAAUGAAUGCUGUAAUAUGAUCAACACUGUGAUUGAACUAAAAGCAAGUAUAUUGAAAUUAUGUACAAAAGAUACUAAAGGGGAAGACAUGCAUGAAUAUCAAAACCAAACAGAAACUAAUUUAGAACGUGUACAGCGAAAAAUGGCAAUAUUAUUAAAUGAUAAAAUGGGUAAAAUAUUGGAAGGAAAUUUAAUGAAACUAGCUCGUUAUGAUGUGAAUACUUUACUUUCAUCAGUACUAUCAUUAACUAAACCUACGGAUGAAAUUGGCAAAGCAUAUGUUGAAUUUCUUCGUGUCAAUUUAGAACAAAUGCGUCAAAAAGUCUCUGAUGAACUGUAUAUUUUAUCAAUUAUGGAAACAUGGUAUAUGACACAAACACGAAUGAUCAAUGAUUGGCUUAUUGAACGUAAAGGAAAUGCUUUAAGUCCUUAUCAAUUCACAUGUCUUUCUACCAUUAUUAAAAAAAUGUAUUCCGAUUUUGAACUUCAAGGUAUAAGCCCAGAUGCAUUGGAUACAAUGGCUUACAAAACAAUUAUGCAAAGACUUCAAAUGGAAGAAACUGCUCAAGCUGUUCGACCUGAUAUAGGAAGUAGUCCAACACGAUCGAUACUUGGCACAAUAACAGGCAGUCUAAGUGGCAUUCCAAAACCUGGAUUCCUUAGUAAAAUGUAACAAUUAUAAGAAACAAAACAACAAAGCACCGUCAACUCGUCCUUCAAUUCACAUACACAUAGAUAGGAGUUUUAUGUUAAUCUUCAAAGACUGCUGUGAAUUGUUCUUUUCCUGUCUCUUAUUUCCUUAUAUUUU